GCCAGAAGCCAAACAUCUGCCGCGCAAACAGAGGGUGUCUCCUGUGUGAGAGUUCCACCAUGCCUGCGUGCUGCAGUUUGAAGAAUGUGUGUGAAUAUGAAACUUCCAAAGUUGUGCGCAUUCAGAGCGUUUACUAUGGGAGCAUCAAGUGGGCCAUUCACUCUGUCGUCUUCUUGUAUGUCUGCAUUGUAUUGAUUGCUGACAAACGCUACCAGAAGAGGGACGCUGUCAUCAGCUCAGUGCACACAAAAGUGAAAGGAGUGACUCAGACUGACCAGAGAAUCUGGGAUACAGCAGAAUACACUGUCCCCAUGCAAGGAAUAGAUUCCUUCUUUGUGGUAACAAACAUCAUUAUGACUGAAAACCAAAUGCAGGGAGCAUGCCCUGAGUUCCCCAUCGCCAGAGCAGUUUGUUCUACUGACCGGAGCUGCACAAAAGGUCAUAUGAACCCCCAGAGCAAUGGAAUUCAGACAGGCAGAUGUGUGAAAUACAACACCUCUGUGAAUACUUGUGAGGUCACAGCCUGGUGCCCUGUAGAGUCCAGCAAAAGUGCUCCAAGGCCUGCUAUUCUGAGGAGUGCUGAAAACUUCACCGUCCUCAUCAAAAACAACAUCCACUUUCCCAAAUUUAAUUAUACUAAAAGAAACAUUUCACCGGAAUUCAAUAUUUCCUGCACAUAUAACAAGAUCUCUGCUCCUUAUUGCCCCAUUUUCCGCCUGGGAGAAAUCCUGCAAGCAGCAGGAGAGAAUUUUUCAGAGGUCGCCAUUCUGGGAGGCAUUGUGGGUAUCGAGAUCAACUGGGAUUGUAAUCUGGACAAAUGGCUCCAUAACUGUCGCCCCAAGUACGGUUUCCGCCGUCUGGAUGACAAAAAAGCAAGCGAAGCGUUAUACCCUGGCUACAACUUCAGGUUUGCAAGGUACUACAAACAGGCCAACGGGAAGGAGCAGAGGACUCUGAUCAAAGCUUACGGUAUCCGUUUCGACAUCCUGGUCUUUGGCACGGCAGGGCAAUUUAACUUCUUUGAGCUGCUGGUGUACAUAGGUUCAGCGCUCUCCUAUUUUGGCCUGGCUCAAUUAUUUGUCGAUUUCCUUAUCACUUCAUACACCUUUCCCUGCUUCAAAUCAAACCCGGUGAAGGAAUAUUAUUACAGGAAGAAGUGUGAGUCAGUACCAGGGCCCAGAUGGGCUCUGCUGUAUGUGUCAUACGUCGAUGAGCCGCACAUUGUCAUGAUCGACAAACUGUUGAGGACAAGCUUACAGAAAAUUAAAGGCGAAAUCGUUCACAGACGCUCAAGUGAUUCCAUGCACGCCGCCAAACUCUCAGCGCAACGUCUGGCUGAAGGUGCCGCUCUUGGAAAUUCCCAGGAGGAGCUGCAGCCCCUUCAGAAGAAAGAGGAGGAUUCUCCCCACCUCCAGCGUCCUUCUUGGUGCUGCUGCGGAAAAUGCCGCCCAGCGGAGCUGUAUUGGGAACAGCUCUGCUGCCGGAGGAAGGACGGGGCGUGCGUCACAACUUCGGCUCUGUUCGAGCAGCUCAUCCUUUCCAGAUCCACGCUGGAGUUCGUCCUCCUCUACGAAGACCCCUUGUGGGACCUCAAGGCAGAGACUGCCACCAAGCAGCUUCGGCACUGCGCGUACAAGCGGUACAUCCGCUGGCGCUUUGGAGAGGGCGACAACCUAGAAAAACUGGCCGUCCUCCCCAACUGCUGCAGGUGGAAAAUCAGAGAGGCCUUUCCCAGCGAGGACGGCCAGUACGCUGGCUUCAGAAGGAAGAAAUAACUUUCCACGGAGGCUCUCCGUAGCAGGGCCUUAGCACACACUGGAAUUAAAUAGACGUGUUUGGGACCUGCGAGGAACCGUGGGAGGGGAAACAGCUUAGAAAUCCCCCCACCCUAGAAAUCACUCACUGUGAAAAGUCUGUAAACACUGAGAGGGGUUGCUAGUCGCCAGGUAGAGCCAAGAGAUCCAAACUAUCUAACAAAGAAGAACAAAAUACUUCCCAAUGGCCAAUAUUAUAAUAAAUUAUAAUGUGAUAUAAAGUGCAACAAAAUAAUACAGAUGUGCAAACUUACAAACAUACAGCCCAAACCUUUCUUGUUUAUACUAUAUCUUACAUGGAGUAUCACCUGUUUACAAUCAUCAACUGAGCACUGUAAAGCACUGUUAAAAUCACAGUCUUUAAAGAGUCACUUUUACUCUCAGCAAGGGUGAACACUCCUAUUCAAGAAGAAGAAGAAGAGGAGUUUGGAUUUAUAUCCUCCCUUUCUCUCCUGCAGGAGACUCAAAGGGGCUGACAAUCUCCUUGCCCUUCCCCCCUC